UUUGAGGCGGUUGCAUGUCCCUAACGGUGUUUUCUGCGUCGAAUUCACCCAGGAAGAACAAUUUAUCGCCCUCUGAUGGGAAAUUUUCUCCACAGUCUCCGCUAUUUUCGACUCGGGUGUCUGAGGACGAUCCUGGGACUUCGGUGGAGUCCACACGGUCCAGCAGUGGCUGCUGCAUGUGCAUCCCCUCGGAGAAGAAGGCACUGGAAGCCGCGGACACAAAGCCCAGGGGCGUCACCCGGUCCGACAUGACGCGAAAGAGAUGGAUUUGACACUGAGCUCAGCCAAUCAACGUCGCAUUGUACAGCUGGACGGAAUGAUCAGCAGCUGUGCCGAGUUGAGGACGGGAGGACGUUGGUUGACGCUUUGGCAGUGGCAUGAUGGUUUAAUGCUGUCCUGUUACUCGUCUGCAUUCGCGUCGAGAAGUUGUGGUUUUGCGCGCUCGUUGGGAUCGUUCGAGCGAUCUCCAAAGGGCGUUCACGCUGAUGGCAUCGUCGUUGUGAUGCACACAAACGUGGGGGCUGCUGAAGGGUUUACAACCUCGUUUGAGGGGCAUCCAAGCAGAGGAGAUCUCUCCGUAACUUAAGGAUAUCGAAAAGUUGAAUACAAGUGUUAAAUAUGCAGAUUUCAGAUUAUGCAC